UCAUCGUAGAUGGUACAUACAAUAGCAAAAUUAAUGGGUUUAACCUGAUUUCAGGAUCCUGGACCACCACCACCUUCACCGUUGAUGGGUUUGAAGCCAUUGCAGUUACUAGAGAUCAAAGCUAGGGGAAGGUUUGGGUGUGUAUGGAAAGCUCAACUACUGAAUGAGUACGUUGCGGUCAAAAUAUUCCCUAUUCAGGACAAACAGUCAUGGCAGAACGAAUAUGAAAUUUACAGUUUACCUGGAAUGAAGCAUGACAAUAUUUUGCAGUUCAUUGGUGCAGAGAAACGAGGCACUAGCAUUGAUGUUGACCUCUGGUUAAUUACAGCAUUUCAUGAAAAGGGUUCAUUAACAGACUUUCUCAAGGCUAACGUGGUUUCUUGGAAUGAGCUAUGUCACAUCGCUCAAACGAUGGCUAGAGGCUUGGCUUAUCUUCACGAGGAUAUACCAGGGCUAAAAGAUGGACACAAACCUGCCAUCUCACAUAGGGACAUCAAAAGCAAGAAUGUGCUGCUGAAAAAUAAUCUUACAGCUUGUAUUGCUGAUUUUGGUCUAGCUUUAAAGUUUGAGGCUGGAAAGUCUGCAGGGGAUACACAUGGACAGGUUGGUACACGAAGGUAUAUGGCUCCUGAGGUCCUAGAAGGUGCUAUAAACUUCCAAAGGGAUGCGUUUUUGAGAAUAGAUAUGUAUGCCAUGGGAUUAGUCCUCUGGGAAUUGGCAUCACGCUGUACUGCCUCAGAUGGUCCAGUAGAUGAGUACAUGUUGCCAUUUGAAGAAGAAAUUGGCCAGCAUCCCUCCCUUGAAGACAUGCAGGAAGUUGUAGUUCAUAAAAAGAAGAGACCUGUUCUAAGAGAGUGUUGGCAAAAACAUUCUGGAAUGGCGAUGCUUUGUGAAACGAUAGAAGAAUGCUGGGAUCACGAUGCAGAAGCCAGGUUGUCAGCGGGUUGUGUAGAAGAACGGAUUAUUCAGAUGCAAAAAUUAACUAACAUUAUAACAACAGAGGACAUUGUGACUGUGGUCACAAUGGUGACAAAUGUUGACUUUCCUCCCAAAGAAUCCAGUCUAUGAUAGUUGCACUGGUCACGUAACUGGCCACCAGGACUCUUCACUGGAGCUGCUAAAGCUAACGGGACUGCUUACAUCAUUGCUGUUUUCUGUGUGAAAAGAAUGGUAAGUCUCUCCGGAACAUCAUCAAGAGGUGUUUUUCCUUUAUUUUCCCCUUCCUCCUCCCAAACAUGGAUCCAUGAGACUUUUUGCAUUCCCUGCUUACACCUGAAGGACACGUGACUGAGAAAUGAUAACGUGCUGUUAAGGAACUUAAAUGAAGAACAUGGACCUGUACUGGCUAAUCAAGCGUUUUAAAAACUGACAUCAGAUUUCUUAAUACCUGUCAGAAGAGACUAAUUCCUUAAAUGAACUACUGUUAUUUUUUUUUAAAUCAAACAUUUCAUUUCAGAUUUAAAAAAA